CUUGACGCGAACCGCGACGUAUAUCUUGUGGCGUCUGGCUGCCACGCUCUUCGCAGCUCUCCUCGUACAUUCUCGACAUUAUCGUAGCAAAUAUGCCGCUUUUACGUAUUGAAGUCUGCGACUUUAAGUCUUACCGCGGACACCAGACUAUUGGACCGUUCAAGAAUUUCACGUCAAUUAUUGGACCUAACGGAGCUGGCAAAUCCAAUCUAAUGGACGCCAUAUCCUUCGUUCUUGGCGUGAAGAGCGCACAGUUGCGUAGCUCCCAAUUGAAGGAUCUCGUGUACCGUGGUAGAAAGCUAACAAAGGGCGCCGCCGAAGAAGGGGCUGGAUCCGCUGAUCAGGAUGAGGGGGAUGAGGGGGAGGGCACUGCUAGGAAGGCGUGGGUGCUAGCUGUGUACAUAGACGGGGAUGGAACAGAGUGGCUGUUUCAGCGAACUAUAUCUACUACUGGAGCUUCGGAAUACAAACUUAAUGGCAAGGUUGUCACAUACACCAACUACAACGCCGCUCUCAUCUCCCACAACAUCCUUGUCAAAGCCAAGAACUUCCUCGUUUUCCAGGGUGACGUUGAAGCCGUCGCGUCGCAGUCACCCCGUGAACUCGCAAAACUUAUAGAGCAGAUCAGCGGUUCUCUUGAGCUUGCAGCGGAAUAUGAAAAGGCCAAGGAGGACCAAGAGAGGGCGACUGAGAACGCGACGUUCAACUUUUCGAAGAGGCGAGGAAUUGCGGGAGAGAUCAAGCAAUACAAGGAGCAAAAGGGUGAAGCAGAGAGAUUCGAGGCGUUGUGUCAAGAACGCGACCAUCUGAAUCUCCAACGAAUCCUCUUCAAACUUUUUCAUAUCGAGGAGAACAUCGAUUCGAAUGCAAGGGAAAUUACGACGCAAAAUCGGGCAUUAGCAGGGCUUCGAGAUGAGCAACGUACUCAUGACCAGGCUUUGGAGACUGCUCGUGCAGACCAGGCUAAAUCACGGACAUCAGUCAUGCAAAUGGAGAAGAAGAUUAAGAAGGCGGACAAAACGCUAGAAGCAAAGAAACCCGACCUUGCGUCCCUAGAGGCUCAAAUUGUUCACUCCACCCGCAAGAUGAACAAGGCCGGGAAGACGAAGGAAGAAGUGGAAAAAACGGAGCAGGACAUCAGUGAACGCGUGGAUAAGCUGAAGAACGAACUUGAGAGCGUACAGAAGGCCGCCAAUGUAGCUCAAGAGGUGCAGAGGAUGGCUUCACAUCAUAACAUGGCUCUGAGCGAAGAGAGUCUAGAGGAGUAUGCGCGAUUGAAAGCCUCCGCAAGCUCCCUUGCUGUCGAUGAACGACAGUCUCUGGAGAUGCUUACUAGGGACGAGAAGACUUCAGGCCGAACCCUGAAUCUUCUUCGAGAAAAACACCAAAGCUGUACCGAGAAGCGGAAUCAACGAAUCGAAGACUCUCGUGUACAGACUGAGAAGAGGGCCGAGUUGGAGCAGAAAAUAUCCACUCUCCAGGCCGAGCUAGCUGCGACCAAGCAGGAACUAGACAAUCAGCAAUCAGAGCGGACUAAGAUCGCGCAAUUAGAAGCUCAAGCUAACGAAAAACUGCAACACAUCUACCAGCAGUUGUUGCAAGCGGGUGUGGACCAGCACGAGUCGGAAAAGGAGGCUAAGUUGAAGGAAACCUUGGCCAAUCUUCAGCGCCUGUUUCCAGGUGUUCGUGGACGUGUUGUCGAUCUGUGCAAGCCCUCUCAAAGAAAAUAUGACACUGCAGUGUCUGUCGUACUAGGACGGAACACAGAUUCUGUUGUUGUUGACGAAGAGAGGACGGCUAUUGACUGCAUCGAGUACAUGCGUACGCAACGUGCUGGACAGGCGACAUUCAUACCCUUGGACACAAUUCAAGUGAAGCCAGUCAAUGACAAGUUCCGGUCCUUUGCAAAAGGUGCGAGGUUGGCGCUUGAUGUGAUACAAUAUGAGCCAGCGGUAGAGCGGGCCUUGCAUCAUGCGUGCGGAAACGCCCUUGUUUGCGAUACGAUGGAAGUGGCGAGGAUGGUCUGUUAUGAGAAAGGGCAAGAAGUGAAAGCUGUGACGCUGGAGGGUACUAUCAUUCACAAGAGUGGUUUAAUCACUGGUGGCCGGAGCACUCACGGUGGAGGGAAGAAGUGGGAUGAAAAGGACGUGCAAGGACUGAAACGUCAAAGAGAUUCGCUGCUUAGCACACUCCGCGAUCUCAGCAAGCAGAAACCUCGUGGAAAGAACGAUGACAAUCUCUUCGCAGAGGUUUCUCGUCUAGAAUCGGCAAUUAAUAUUUCAAAGGAUGAUCUGACUGCCUGCAAGCUCCGACUCACAGGUAUCAAAGAUGAGCUUCGGCACAUUGACAAGGAACUGAAGACUAUUACGCCCGAGCUAAAGAAGACUCAAAGCGCAUACGAUGACCUGCAGAGUCAGAUUGCCAACCUCAAGUCUUCAGUCGAUGCUGCUGAAGAUCGAGUCUUCUCGGCUUUCUGCCGGAGGAUCAAAGUUUCUCACAUCCGUGAGUAUGAAGAACGCCAACUCAAGGUUGCUCAAGAAGAAAGUGAAGCUCGAUUACGAUAUGACAGUCAGAUAGCACGUUUGACACAUCAGUGCGACUUUGAAAGCGAAGCACUGGAGAGUGCGCGCGAACGUAGCCAGCAUCUUGAGGGUGUUAUAUCAACGGAAAAAGAUGUUUUGGAGAGGCUCGAGGCCCAGAAGGAGGCCGCCGAGAAUGAUAUAUCAAAUUCUGAGGCCAUGAUCGCGUCGUUCAAAGAGGAACUGACGAUUUUGCAGUCGGCCCUAGAAGAAAAAACCAGGCAUGUAGAUCAAGUGAAGAAAACUACACUCAAAGCGUCCAAAGUUCUCGAGCAGGCCCUCAAAGAGAUCACACUUCGAAACGACGAAAUCGAGAAGCUUGCUCUGGAGCGUUCUGCGAUUUAUCGUAAAUGUCGGUUGGAGGAGAUUAAACUACCUUUACUGGAAGGCAACUUGAGAAAUGUACCAAUGGAAGAGAAUCUUCGCGACGAAGUCGCCAUGGAUGUUGACGAAGAUGAAGAAGGCACACAGCAGCCUAAACGUGUUGACGAUUUCGGCAUUGAAGUAAACUUCGAGUCCCUAGAUGAUGAUGAACGAGAGGAUGGCUCGGCGGAUGCACUAGCCGAAUUUGAUGCUUCAGUAAGCAAGCUAAACGGGGAAAUUGAACGCAUGGCUCCUAACCUCAAAGCGAUGGAACGUCUUGAUGAUGUUGAAGCCAAGUUGGCCGAGACGGAGAAAGAGGCAGACCUGGCUCGCAAGGAUUCAAAGAAUGCACGUGAUAAAUUCCAAGAAAUCAAGAAAAAGCGCUGUGAUUUGUUUAACAAGGCCUACAAUCAUAUUUCCGAUCGCAUUGACGUCGUUUACAAGGAUCUGACCAGAGGAAAGGCCGCUCCCAUGGGAGGUGUAGCAUACCUCAGUUUAGAAGACAAUGAGGAACCGUACAACGCGGGUAUAAAAUAUCAUGCGAUGCCACCCAUGAAGCGUUUCCGGGACAUGGAACAGCUGUCUGGUGGAGAGAAGACGGUUGCCGCCCUUGCACUGCUGUUUGCUAUUCAUAGCUAUCAACCUGCACCCUUCUUCGUCCUGGAUGAGGUCGAUGCCGCUCUUGACAACACCAACGUUGCCAAGAUUGCCAACUACAUACGCGCCCAGGCUUCUGAUUCUUUCCAAUUCAUCGUAAUCAGUUUAAAGGGUUCAUUAUAUGAACGAGGUAAUUCUCUUGUCGGAAUAUAUCGUGACCAGGAGGUCAAUAGUUCAUCGACCCUGACUUUGGACCUUACGCAAUAUGAUGAAUGAGGUCUUGAGGGAUGAUGACCAAGAGUUCUAGCUAUCUGUUUGAUCUUUUCUUUCUGUGCUAUUGUUGUAACGCUUUGACGAGUUGCUCUGAUUUUCCCUUCUGUAUAAGUAGCACCUGAUAUCCGUAUUAUUAUUCUCCUUAUAUGAAAGGUAAUUCAGUGCCAUGUACUACCAAUCCAAAAGCGAUGCAAGAAAUAUAC